AUGACCCCCCGAUGCUUCAUAAUCCGCCACGGCGAAACCUCCUGGUCCCUGAACGGCCGACACACAGGCACGACAGACCUGCCACUGACCGAAAACGGCGAGAAACGGAUAAAAGCCACGGGGAAGGCGUUGGUCGGGAAUGAUCGGUUGAUUGUGCCGAGGAAGUUGGUUCAUGUGUAUGUAUCGCCGCGCGCACGGGCCCAACGGACCCUCGAACUACUCGAAAUCGGAUGCAGGGAGAGAUUACCCUGGAAUGAGGCGCGGAAGUCUGAGGAUGAGGAGCCGAUACGUACGGAGGCGAGGGUGGAAGUUACGGAGGCUGUGAGGGAGUGGGAUUAUGGGGAGUAUGAGGGGUUGACUAGUAAGCAGAUUCGGGAGAUGAGGAGGGAGAAGGGGGAGGGGGAGUGGGAUAUUUGGAGGGAUGGGUGUCCUGGGGGAGAAUCCCCCGAAGACGUGAUCAAGCGUCUGGACGCAGUGAUCGCAGAGAUCAGAGAAAAGUUCCACAAGCCCUGUUUCGACGGUGACUCUGCUUCUUCCACGGGCAAGGGCGAUGUUCUCAUCGUAGCUCACGGUCAUAUCCUGCGUGCGUUUGCGAUGCGGUGGACGGGAAAACCGUUGACGGAGACGGCGCUGAUUUUGGAAGCCGGUGGUGUGGGCACGCUGAGCUAUGAGCACCACAAUAUCGAUGAGCCGGCUAUCAUUCUCGGUGGAGGGUUCGUAGUCGAUAGCUGA